GUGGCGUGUUGGCUAGAUCAAUCAAUAAGUGAAGAGUCAGUGAAUUCACAUUGUUUUCGAAAUCAUUGCAUAGAAAUUGUUUUAUUAUUUAUUUUUUUAGAUUGUUUUAUAAUUGCUCAUGAAACAAAAUAAAUGUGUCAUAUUUUUUUACAAAACGAUUUUGUAAGAGACUAAUAAAAAUUGAACAAUUUUGAAACGAUUUACACAAAGUCCUGAAAUUAUUUAAUACAAUUGUCAAAAUAUCAUUUGUGAUGAAAGAUAAGGCGUUAUGUGUAUUAUUGAAAUGAACUUUGAAACAAUGUUGACCCAAUUAAAAACCAAUUUAAAUUAAUUAUUUCAUAAAAGCUGUUGUAUUUUGUUUUAAAAUGACAUGAAAAUGUGCCUUUGAAGCUUACAAUUUGCUGUAUUUUCUUCUAAAAUGAUAAGCAAUAGUUGUUACAAAGCUUAAUAAUCAUCAUACUUAGAUUUAGAAUGACGAGAACAUGUUCCUUUGAAGCUGAACUUCAAAAAUGAUGAGAACAGGACCCGACAAAGCUUAUAACGUCACCGUAUUUUGUACUAGAAUGAAGAGAAAAUGACCUUUUUGGCCAUCUUUGCAUUCUCAUGUGUGACUGGUUUUCGUGGACAAUUCUCAUUUCAUCAACAUGUAAAUGGAACUUCUCACAGGGUCGAUGGACAUUUCAAGUAUCCAUUCUCUGGUUCAAUUUCCUUGAACAUGGCAAACGACACGAUGAAGAACAUUAUCGAUGUACCACUGGAGAUUGAUGAGCGAUCAUCAACAGAAUUCUUUGUUGUGAUUGGUGUAUUCUGCUUUUUGUAUAGCUUGGGAGUGUUAGUGUAUUAUACUUGGUUUGAAGAAGACAACAAACAGCCGUCGUCAGCUACUUUUAGUCCUCCAGUCAUUGACUUUGUUGCUGGUGGCUUUUGGGCAUUUUUUUGGUUUGUCAGCGCAUGCGCACAAGCAGCUGCUGUGAGGUCAAUCAAAAGUUCAACAGAUGUGAAUGAGCUCAUCAAGUCAUUAGCUCUGUGUAAAAUAACUUACACGUGUUCUAUUGACAAGGCCGCCAAAUAUGCAACGUUGACCAUCUCUAUUCUUCUUGGUUUCUUGAACGUGUUUGUUUGGGCUGGCAACAUGUGGUUUUUGUGGAAGGAAACGCCUUGGCACAGAGAUGCCACAUCCAAACCUGCUGUGACGCAACAAAAGCCACAACACCAACCAACUCCACCUGCAACCGCCAUUUAACUUUUUGGUUUAAAUUAUUCAACCAAAAAAAGAUUGUUGACACAUAGUACACGUUGGUGCGCUGUUUAUGCUUUUUUGAAAAAAGUAUUUUAUUAAGAACACAUUUGUUGCUAAAAAAACAUGUUUUAAAUAUAUAGUGUUCGUUAAGUGGGUUUUUAUUCACGGAGAAAAUAUUCAAUUUUGCACUGCACAAUUUUAUAUUCUGGCAACUUUGUAUGCACAAAUUCUUUUCUUGUCUGGUUCGUACGUCUUUUUACAUUUCCAAGUAUUCUUGUUCGUUUAUGGGUGUUUUUGUAGAAAGUCGUCUUUUGUAUUUGUUGCAUGUUAGAAAAUAUUAUUCGUUAGGGUUU